AUGCCGCCGCCGCCGCUCCUGCUGCUGCCGCUGCUGCUGCCCGCGCUGCUGGGCGCCCGGGCCCGGGACGCGGUGCGCCUGCACCUGGACACCGCGCGGCCGCUGCGCCGGGCCAGCCCCGCCCUCCUGUCCGUCACCCUGGACGCCAACCUGGCCACGCACCCCAAGUUCCUCACCUUCCUGGGUUCUCUAAGGCUCCGGACUUUGGCCAGAGGCUUGUCCCCGGCAUACCUGAGGUUUGGCGGCACCAAGACAGACUUUCUGGUUUUUGAUCCCGAGAAGGAACCAACCUCUGAAGAGAAAAGUUACUGGCAAUCUCAAGUCAGCCAAGAUGUUUGCAGAUCUCACGUCCUCCCCUCUGACGUGGAGAAGAGGUUACGGCUGGAAUGGCCCUCCCAGGAGCUACUGCUGCUCCGAGAACAGUACGAGAAGAAGUUCAAUACCACCACGUACUCAAAGAGCGCUGUGGAUAUGCUGUAUACGUUCGCGAAUUGCUCGGGCCUGGACUUGAUCUUUGGGCUGAACGCGCUCCAGCGCACAGCGGACUUGCGGUGGAACAGUUCCAACGCUGAGCUGCUCCUGGAAUAUUGCUCGUCCCAGGGGUACAACAUUUCUUGGGAACUCGGCAAUGAACCUAACAGCUUCAGGAAGAAGGCUGGUGUUUUCAUCGAUGGCUUUCAGCUAGGAGAUUUUGUUGAGUUGCAUAAGCUUCUAGCAAAGUCCACGUUCAACAACGCAAAGCUCUAUGCGGACAUUGGCCGGCCUAAGGGGAAGAGUGUGAAGAUGCUACAGAGUUUCCUGAAGGCCGGAGGAGCCGUGAUUGACUCCGUCACGUGGCAUCAUUACUACCUGAAUGGACGAAUUGCCACCAAAGAAGAGUUUCUAAGUCCUGACAUUUUGGACACUUUCAUUUCCUCGGUGCAAAAAAUUUUCGAGGUUGUGGAGGAGACCACACCCCACAAGAAGGUCUGGCUGGGGGAGACCAGCUCUGCCUACGGGGGUGGAGCGCCCUUGCUGUCCGACACCUUCGCUGCGGGCUUCAUGUGGCUGGACAAGUUGGGGCUGUCGGCCAAAAUGGGCAUCGAAGUGGUGAUGAGGCAGGUGCUCUUCGGAGCCGGGAACUACCACCUGGUGGACGAGAACUUCGAGCCCGUGCCUGAUUACUGGUCAUCUCUGCUCUUCAAGAAGCUGGUGGGCACCACUGUGUUCAGAGCACGAGUGGACGGGCCGGACAGCGGCAAGCUUCGCGUUUACCUUCACUGCACAAGCACCAACCACCCCAGGUAUAAAGAAGGAGACUUAACGCUCUAUGCCUUAAACCUGCAUAACGUGACCAAGCACUUGCAACUGCCAAGCCCUUUGUUUGACAAAGAAGUGGACAAGUACCUCUUGAGACCGUCAGGACCUAAUGGAUUACUUUCCAAAUCCGUUCAGCUCAACGGCCAGGUUCUGAGGAUGGUGGACGAUGAGACGCUGCCCGCUCUGACGGAGAAGCCUCUCCGCCCCGGAAGUGCACUGGGCUUGCCAGCUUUCUCCUACGGGUUCUUUGUGAUACGAAACGCCAAAGUGCCUGCCUGUGUUUGAAAAUGAAAGGCACGUGGUUGUCCUGAGAUUUGCUUUUCCAGGGGCGUUGAAAAUAACGCAAAACACAAGUUAUAGGAAGACAAAAAAGUAUCUUACAAAAACUGGUGGGAGUUUUGGCUACCGGCGCAGGCUGAGUGCAGGCCAGAGUUGGCACGACCUUCUGUUCUCCCUGAGGACGCCACUGCUCGUGAUAGUACUUAGUGAUGCCUUAUGCCAAACACCGUUCCAUAUAUUGCUCUUAUUUAAGUUAUUAAAAAUGUACAUAAAUGUUCCCCCAUGUAGCCAGGAGGUAAAUAAGUGAAGGAUAUGAGUUUUAAGAAAAUGCUGAGUUUUGGGGGCUGGAACAAUAGCACAGAGAGUAGGGCGUUUGCCUUGCACGCGGCCAACUGGGGUUCUAAUCCCAGCAUCCCAUAUGGUCCCCUGAGCACGGCCAGGAGUGGUUCCUGAGUGCAAAGCCAGGUUAUUAGGCGGGCAGAGAGAGAGCCCAAUGGCUAGUGCUUUGUGUGCGGGAGGCCCAUGCCUGAUCUCUGUCAUCACGUACACUCCUCCAAGCAUUUCCAGGAGUGACCCCCAAGAAGCAAGCUUUGAAUAGCCCCCGAGGUAUGGUCCCCAAGCCAAAACAAACAAAAAUAUUGUUAGAAAAUUAUUGGUUUUUUCUUUUCUCUAUGCACAGUCCCUCUGGGGCUCCCAUUCGGAAAAGUUCUGUUUGGUUUGUUUUGUUUGGGGGGGCCUUGAAAUCUUUGGGAGCAGAGAGUGGAGGGCAUCCAUCAGCACUGCUGCUACCGUUCUUUCUAGCAGUGACAAGACUCACUCACUGUUUUCUCUUGCUUCUCAGUUGUUAGAAGUAAAAUCAUCUCUAUAUUUUUGUCCGCUAUGAGUCGUCUCAAUUAAAUGUAAGCACCU